GCCUUGCCGGGUUCCUUCCGCACCUUUCCUACGGUGACCAUGGCUAGCUGCUGCCUCCUUGGGGCCGGACCAUGGGCGGGGACAGUUGCCGGGGUAUUAAAGGGAAGCUCGCCCGCGGCCGGACUGCCUGUACCCGUGCGGCGGCGUCCCUGCAGCCAAGUCUUGCCGGAGGACGUGCCGUGAGAGCCGGUGUCUGGCGGACUGGAGCAUUAAGGAGUAAAGUUGCUGCUUUAAAGACAUCAUCUUCUGGCUUCCACUAAGUCCAGGACAUGUGCUGUAUUCCUGUCUUUGUUCCUCCAUAAGUGAUGUGUGUCUGUCUUCAGAAGCACCCCCUGAGUAACAGUGAUUGGUUUAGAAAAACCUCUUGACCAAAGGCUACUCCAGACAGGAAGUAGCUCAAGCAGGCUCAGGAGAGCAGGAAGUGAGAAGACAGAUGCUGAGUUAAUGACCAGCCCACUAACCUGUUUGAGUUGCUCAGGGAAGUAAAGCAUCUGUCUCCAGAAUGUCUUCAGAAAAUAAAGAGCAGCAUAAUCUUUCACCGAGGGACUUACCCGAAGAAGCCUAUGGCUUCCCACCUGAGCUCCCCCUGGGGGCUCAAAGAGGACCAAGCACUGACUCGAGGCAGUUUGAGCCCAGUGAUCGGAGAAGAGCUUUUCGUAGGAUCCACAUGGAACUCCAUGAGAAACCAGAUACUAACAUCAAACAGCUUGUCAUGAGAAAGCUUCACAAGAGUUGCCAGUGUAACGCAACCAAAGUCAGAAAUAGGAUUUUUGAUUUUUUUCCUGUUUUGAGGUGGCUCCCAAAAUAUGAUCUGAAGAAAAACAUUUUAGGUGACAUGAUGUCUGGCCUGAUUGUGGGUAUAUUGUUGGUGCCCCAGUCUAUUGCUUACUCCCUGUUGGCUGGCCAGGAACCUAUCUAUGGUCUGUACACAUCAUUUUUUGCCAGCAUUAUUUACUUCCUGUUUGGUACCUCCCGCCACAUCUCUGUGGGCAUUUUUGGAAUACUGUGCCUUAUGAUUGGUGAGGUAGUUGACCGAGAACUACAUAAAGCAUGCCCUGACAUUGAUACUACAUCAUCUUCGAUAGCAAUGUUCUCAAAUGGAUGUGUGGUAGUAAACCAUACAUUAGACGGACUCUGUGACAAAAGCUGUUAUGCAAUUAAAAUUGGCAGCACUGUGACAUUCAUGGCUGGAGUUUAUCAGGUAGCCAUGGGCUUCUUUCAAGUGGGCUUUGUGUCUGUCUACCUCUCAGAUGCCUUGCUGAGUGGGUUUGUCACUGGUGCCUCCUUCACCAUCCUCACGUCUCAGGCCAAGUACCUCCUGGGGCUGAGCCUUCCUCGGAGUAAUGGUGUAGGCUCAGUCAUUACUACCUGGAUCCACAUCUUCAAAAAUAUUCAUAAGACCAACAUCUGUGACCUCAUCACCAGCCUUUUGUGUCUCCUGGUCCUUGUGCCAACCAAAGAGCUCAACGAAUACUUCAAGUCCAAGCUCCCGGCACCAAUUCCAACUGAGCUCAUUGUCGUUGUGGCAGCCACAUUAGCUUCUCAUUUUGGAAAACUCAAUGAGAAUUACAAUUCCAGUAUUGCUGGGCAAAUUCCCACCGGGUUUAUGCCACCCCAAGCGCCAGACUGGAGCCUCAUUCCUAAUGUGGCUGUUGAUGCCAUAGCUAUUUCUAUCAUUGGUUUUGCUAUCACUGUAUCACUUUCUGAGAUGUUUGCCAAGAAACAUGGCUAUACGGUGAAAGCCAAUCAGGAAAUGUAUGCCAUUGGCUUUUGCAAUAUCAUACCCUCCUUCUUCCACUGCAUAACUACUAGUGCCGCCCUUGCAAAGACACUGGUUAAAGAGUCAACAGGUUGCCAGACCCAACUGUCCGCUAUAGUGACAUCCCUCGUUCUUCUGUUGGUCCUUCUGCUAAUAGCUCCCUUAUUCUAUUCCCUCCAAAAAUGUGUCCUUGGUGUGAUCACCAUUGUAAAUCUCCGGGGUGCACUUCUGAAAUUUAGAGACCUGCCAAAGAUGUGGAGGCUCAGCAGAAUGGACACAGUUAUCUGGUUUGUGACUAUGCUGUCCUCUGCUCUGUUAAGCACUGAAAUAGGCCUGCUCGUUGGGGUUUGUUUUUCAAUGUUUUGUGUGAUCCUCCGUACUCAGAUGCCAAAGAUUUCACUGCUUGGUUUGGAAGAAGAAUCUGAAAUCUUCGAAUCCAUUUCCACUUACAAGAACCUUCGGAGUAAGUCAGGCAUCAAGGUUUUCCGCUUCAUAGCCCCUCUCUACUACAUAAACAAAGAAUGCUUUAAAUCAGCUUUGUACAAGAAAACGCUAAACCCAGUCUUGGUAAAAGCAGCCUGGAAAAAGGCAGCAAAAAGGAAGCUGAAAGAGGAAACAGUGACUUUCCAUGGGGACCCGGAUGAAGUUUCAAUGCAGCUUUCCCAUGAUCCCUUGGAGCUGCACACCGUUGUGAUUGACUGUAGUGCAAUACAGUUUUUGGAUACAGCAGGGAUCAACACACUGAAAGAAGUUCGCCGUGAUUAUGAAGCCAUUGGUAUCCAGGUUUUACUGGCUCAGUGCAAUCCUUCUGUGAGGGAUUCCUUAGCCAAAGGAGAAUAUUGCAAAAAGGAAGAAGAAAAUCUUCUCUUCUACAGUUUGUCUGAAGCAGUAGCUUUUGCAGAAGAGUCUCAGAAGGAGAAAGGAGUGUGUGUGGUCAAUGGUCUGAGUCUUUCUGGUGACUGAGAAAAUUAAUGAGUCUUUCUGGUGACUGGAAAAGUUAAUAGAAGGAAGAAGAGUGUCUUGCCAGUUUCGGUGUGCAGCAUUUUCUCCUGUGAAGGAGGAAGCAGUGUACGCGUGAGAUGGCUUCCUUUGCAGCUAGCCUUUCGAUAGUCUUGUGUACGGUAGAGCUUUUGGUUGGGUAGAAUCAAAAAGAAGUAACUGUUGUGGCUUCCAGCUUUUGUGCAGAUAGCAUUCUUGGGGUACAGUGUAUAAACAGGACGGAACUGUGAAGCAGCCCCCCAGUUUAAUUGCCUUACUUUAGGGACUGACUGUGUAUCUGAACUCUGCCCUCCAGGACGCAGAGGGAAGUAAAGAUGGGUUUGCUUUACACACACUGGAGCCUUCGCAUGGCUCGGGAGAGGGGG